GUAAUAGACUGUAAUUGUCACCUCUGUCCGACCUCACCUCCCCCUCAAUUAUUUUCCUUUUGCAUGAGAAAACAAACUUCACACUCUUCACAUGCAGACAAACCUGUUCAUGUAUCUGUAUGUAUAUCCUGCAGCAGUUCUGUGUGAUUGUAAAGCUGUGAUGUGCAUUGAUGUGCAAAUAUGGAGAGAUAUCAGCUGUUUGUGAUGCUCUUGGAAGUGUAAGUUAAAGCCCGCCCAGCCACCCAUACAAACUGACCAAAGGACCACCACAGGUAGACUUAAAAAAAACAAAAAAAAAAACACCGGAGCACAUUUCCUCAAAGACAUGUGCCGUACCGUAACAAAAGCCAGGUUCCACACUCUGGUUCAUACUCCAGGAAGUGACAUCAUUUUUGUGGGAUAACAACAGCAGCACCAGCAUCAACAGAGGAAGGCAUCAUGCUGGAUGAGGUGGUUGUGAACGAGCAGCCGUCGACAGACACAGAGGAGUCGAUGCCAUGUUUCCAGACUCCAGGCCCCACUGUCACCUUCCAUCAACUCCGUUACCGUGUCAAGGAACGAUUAGGAAUGUUUAGUAGGCAGUGGGUUGUAAAGGACAUUCUCAAAGAUGUCAGUGGCAUCAUGAACCCUGGAAUGAAUGCUAUAAUGGGCCCUACUGGAAGUGGAAAGACAUCGCUUCUGGAUGUCAUCGCAGGACGAAAAGAUCCUAAGGGCUUAAAAUCUGGUCAAGUUCUAGUUGACAACACCAUCGUGACCUCUGACCUCAGGCUCUGCUCUGCAUAUGUAGUUCAGAAUGACAUUCUGAUGGGUACUCUGACUGUAAGGGAGAACUUGGCAUUCUCUGCCAAUCUUCGUUUGUCACGAAAGGAGUAUUCCUCAUCCGACAAAAAGAUGAGGGUGGAUUCCGUCAUCCAGGAGCUCGGCCUCAAAGAUUGCGCAGACACAAAGAUUGGGACAAUGUUUUUGCGUGGUGUUUCUGGUGGAGAGAAGAAGAGGUGCAGCAUCGGUAUGGAGCUCAUCACUUCCCCCUCCCUCCUGUUCCUGGAUGAGCCCACCACAGGCCUGGACGCCAACACUGCCAACUCCAUCAUGGAACUGCUGCAGAAGCUCUCCAAAAAGGGUAAGACUGUCAUCUUCUCCAUUCACCAACCUCGCUACUCCAUCUUCAAGCAGUUUGACCACCUCACCCUCAUGAAUAAAGGAGAAAUCAUCUACGCCGGGGCUGCCGACAAAGCCAUUACCUACUUUGAGGACUUGGGAUACAAGUGUGAGCCAUUCAACAACCCGGCAGACUUCUUCCUGGAUGUCACAAAUGGAGCUGUCCUUCCUCAAAUUCACAACAAUAAAUCAGAAAAGUGUAGCAGCAGCAGUGAGGAGAUUGUGGAAAAUGAGAACCCUCUGGCAGUAAUUUACAAACAGUCCCCUCAUUUCAUCAAAGUGAAAGACCGACUCAACCAGAUUUCAGAUGGGCUUGACCCUGAGGUCACUAAAGGUGACAGGGUCAGUUACGCCACACCUUUUUAUUACCAGCUCCUUUUGGUGAGUGGCCGCACUGUAAGAAACAUCUUGAGGAAUCCUCAGACCUCCUAUGCCCAACUGUUCCUCAACAUUUUCUUUGGUAUUUUAGUGGGACUGAUCUACUACCAGAUCCCACACACUUUACCAGAGGCUCUUCAGAACAGAACAGGAGCUUUCUUUUUUCUGGUCAUCAAUAUGGUGUUUGGCAAUCUGUCAGCGGUGGAGCUCUUCAUCAGCGAGAGAGUGCUCUUCAUCCACGAGAACUCGAGUGGUUUCUACCGCACCUCUGUCUACUUCCUGUCUAAAGUGUUUGCUGACCUCAUUCCAAACCGCAUCCUCCCCGUCUUCAUCUUUUCUGCCAUCCCGUACUUCAUGAUGGGUCUGAAGCCUGAUGUGGAGGCGUUCUUCCUGUACUGUUUGACCAUGAGUAUGGUCAGUCUGUCAGCAGUGAGCUUGGCCUUCUUGGUCAGUGCCAGCGUGGGCUCCUUCGCCAUGGCUAACAUCCUCAUCGCACUGCCUUUUGUCUUUAUGAUGGUGUUUGGAGGUUUCCUGGUGAACCUGAAUUCAAUGCUGAGCUGGAUGUCCUGGCUGAAGUGGGCCAGUAUUUUCCGAUAUGGCUUCAAUGCACUUGCCAUCAAUGAACUAAAAGAUCAAGUCUUCACCAGUAACUACACCAGGAUGACAGGUGACAUGUACCUGGAUCAUCAAGAGAUCGACCACAGCACUUGGGGUUUUUGGCAGAACCAGGUAGCUCUGACAGGCAUUAUGUCCAUAUGUCUGAUUCUUGCGUACGUGCAGCUGCGGCGGAUCAAUCGCUGGAAGUGAUGGAAUGACGCUGGUUGUGUAAUCAGUGUCACUCACUUUUUAAAAUUCUGAACCCUGAAAUCAGGAAAUACUUUUCAGCCUUUCAACCAUAAAGCCUUACAUAAUCCACAUAAUUCACUACCUCAGUCAUCUCGUUUUCUACAAAUUGUAUAAAAUUGUAUUAAAAUUUGUAAAUAUUUCAUUUGUUGUAAACUGAAUACAGAUUCUGGGAACCUGAAAAAUGAUACUUAGAUUUUAUGCCUUACAUGUGCUUUUAUUUUGGCUUGUUUUAAAUCUUUAAACAAAAUUUUCAUCUUUUUGAGACAUGCAGCAUCUAUUGCCAAGGAUGCUAAAUUAGUAAAUCUCACUAUUAGUAAAAACCUUAUAUACACAUUUCCCCCCCCCCAACAUGAGUUGAAUACAAUGACCAGUAUAAUUCUGCAAAAUAUUCAAAGUGAAGGGAAACUGACAGAAGCAUCUGCAGAAGCCACAACUCCUCAUUCUUGAAAUCACAUCAAUUUACCUUGGAGUUAAUCAGUCAGGACUGAAUGAAAGUACAACAAAUCUUUUCUUUCAGACUUACAACUAAGCAAAACAGCUUAGUUUAAAAGAAAAAAAUAGGGCAGGGUCUUGGCUCCAUCCAUCAGAUGAGAUGUGGACGUUGCAGUCAAAACAGAGGCAGAUCUGAAUGUGAACUUGCUUUUGAGGUGUGGUCACUAACAAAACAAAUUGGAAACAAAACAAAAAGGGUCCAUUAUCAAUGCAUGAAGCACUGCUCUUAGUCACUUUCAAGAUGAGUAGCUUUCUGUUGGUCAACGUAGCGAAUGUGCAUGAUCCACUUCAAAGUCCCUUUCAAGGAAAGUCUUUUCACUCGGUGGCCAUAUUUGCAAUGCCUCCGGGGCAGCUAUUUCGGGCAUCCAAGACCAAGUCCUAUUUGAAUGGUGAAAUCCUGAAAUCUCAAACUGCUUGGCAAACUCAAAUAUUUCAAAUCAGCCAAAAAAAUCUGACAUGAACUGUCCCAUGAAUGUUUAUGCUCAAAUAGCAUAAAAAAAAAAAAUAAAAAAAAAACACACCCUUAUUUUUCAGCCUAGACUAGCCAAUGCGCAUGUGCAGUCCUAAUCGCUAGUCUCAUGUUUCUGUGGGAACCGGAGCUUCUAACAGCAGCUGCAGUGAUGCAAUGACUUUAUUGAUCAAUGAUUGGCUCUUUUACUUGGAAGGUGGGAUGUAUUCCGCCAUAUUGCACGUUGCAGUUUCUCCCAUUCAUAACUAAUAGGACAGGAGUGAACCGUCUUUCUAUAUCUAUAGUCUGUCCACUUGAAUACUCACAAAAUCUGCAAACUUUUUCGAGUGAAAUUUUUACUGGCAAAAUUCAAGAGCAAUGGUAAAUAUGACCACACCUUAAGAAAGGGGUGGGGUUUAAGCAGACUAAAUGAUUGGAAAAGUCAUGUUUACAUUGCCAGAAAGACAGAUCAACUGGAAUAUUUAGUUAAUACAUUAAAUAAAGUUUAUACAUAUGAAAAUUCUAUAGAGGAACUGAAUGGCAUUUAACUUUCAAAGCCAAGUGAAAAAAGCCAUUUACAAACAAAGAAACCAUAGAGAAUGGGUUUGGAAUUUAAUUUUAAUUUUAAAAAAACAAAACAAAACAAAGGCUCAGUCAUAACAGUGUGAAGCACAAGGAUAAAAUUUGACAUUUAGCAACAUUUAGGGAGCAGUGACUGAUCAAUCAGUGAGGGGCAACAAUUAGUGGAUCAAAUGAAGAAUGUCAACAUAACUUUCCCCAUUAGCUCAUUAAUAACAGACACAAAGUGACAAAGUUAGAGAAAUCAACAUCCAUUAUGACCAAAAUGUUACCCAUUAAAAAAUAAAAGUUUAAAAUCACUGGCCUUGCAGAUGUAUUUGCAGUUAAAGAGGGAGGCAGGGAUAUUAGAGCAUCCUAAAUCAUUUCAUCUUCAUUCUCAGGGGUGUCAUACUCCUGCUUCCAUUAAAAGGCACAAUCUAUUUCCAUAUAUACACUUCUUGAAACGCUCAGAUGCAUGUGCAUAUUUAAAGAAGCAUUGUACAACUAAAAGAAAUUACUUUUAAAAAUAAAAAUCCCCACAAUAGCGCACAAAAAAAAA